CAGCCUUUGACCUGUGGAGAUGGUCGUCCAUCACUCAGCUAAAUGUUCCUCCUAUCACAGCGCGCGCGCGCUUUAAACCCCACCCCUCUUGUGCAGCUACGAGCUCGUGCGAUGCAAUUUGAGCAACAUCUGCAGCAUCCGAACGUGCGACACCCUUUUUUUGCCACGCUCCGGUCGAUACAUUAGCCUUUUAUGAAAAGGUAAUGUGAGCAGACUUAUUAUUUCUUUAAUUGCGCUGUGUUUAAAAAAGACUGAACUGGCUGAGAGUGAGGAGGACGAGCAGGUGUGAGAAGAUGCUUUCCACGGUAAGGGCAGGAGGAAAAUGACUCUUAAGCCUGGUUUGCUCGCCUGUGUGUGUACACUCCUUGCACGCACAUCUGGCCAGAGGUGGAUAGGAUUUGGAUGAAAGUACAUCAAAUGGAGGGACGCACAGACAAACAAGAGUCGUUGGAUGCUGCUGUCAUCAUCGUUGAGAACGAAGCUGAAAGCAUGCCAGUGCAAGAGGAGAAGUCUGGAGCAACCGGACAAAAUUACCUGGACACCUGUCCGGUUUGUGACCUAAACUUUCACAGCCGAGAACCCAAACUUCUACCGUGUUUGCACUCUUUUUGCAAGAAAUGUUUGCCUUCGCCCUCGAGGAAUUUGGCCAGUACAGAGCCGCCAAACUCCCAGGUUGAGAGCGCCACCAAACCACUCAACGUGAUCCGCUGUCCGGUAUGCAGGCAGGAGUGUAUGGAGGUAGAUGUGAUGGAAAACGUCUUUGUGAAGGACUCCGUUGAAGCUCCCAGCAGCACUGUGGAGAGGACAGUCCAGAUCUGCAUGACCUGUGAUGACAACACUGAAGCUGCCGGGUUUUGUGUGGACUGUGUUGAAUACCUGUGUGCCACCUGUGUGGAGGCACACCAAAGAGUCAAAUUUACCAAAGACCACACCAUUAGACAGAAGACAGAAGUAUCACAAGAGGUGCAUGAUGUGCCGACUCAGAGGCCAGUUUUCUGUGACAUCCAUAAACAAGAGCCACUGAAGCUGUUCUGUGAGACCUGUGACCUGCUAACCUGUCGCGACUGCCAACUGGCCAAGCACAAGGAUCACAAUUACCAGUUCUUGGAAGAUGCUUAUAAAAACCACAAACAGCACAUGGAGAGCAUGACCCAACAGCUGCAGGAAAAAAAGAAAGUAAUUGAAGAAGUGUCGAAUACCAUAAACAAUGGACUACUUCAAGUUGAUCAGAACCGUACAUCUAUUCACAAUGAAAUAAAGAAGUCCAUCUGCAGUUUAAUCCUUGAGAUUAACAAGAAAGGCAAGAUGCUUGUCAAUCAACUUGAGGCUGUAACAAAGGACCAUGAAAGUGUCUUGCAAAAACAACAGGAGGACAUUGGCUAUCUAUCCAGACACCUGGAUCAUGUCAUCAGCUUCACCAAAUGGGCCACCGCCAGGAAUGGGGGAACAGCCCUCUUGUACUGUAAACGUUUGAUUCUGUUUCAGAUUGGAAACCUCCUGCAGGCAAAAUGCAGUACCUCGUUUAUACCACAGAGCACUGUACGGUUCCAGUGUCGAUCCUCUUAUUGGGCCUCAAAUGUUGAUCUGGGCUCUUUAGUAGUGGAGAGUAUACCAGGACACCAGCUGGGAGGUUUUCAGGGUAUCCCACAUCAGCUCUCCCACCCUGGCCAGGGCCCCUCAGGCUCACCCCACAGCUUUGCCUUAGGAGCCCCCCAUAAUACUCUGGCUCAACUCCAGAUGCAGGUGGACAAACUGAACCCUCAGACCCACUGGCAGCCCCAGCCACCUCCUCCACCCUGGACGUGGUACCAGAGUGUCCGACUCCAGCGAACCAUCCCAGCACCCCUACAAGGAAGCUCUCCCUCCCACUGUAUGCCUCCUCAACAAGGCAGCAGGUUUAUGGUUCCUCCCUCUAACCAUGUCAGUCCAACUAGCAGCCUACCAAGCCCUGGGUUUUCACCCCAGCCUCUGAGGGGUAUGGCAAGUAGCUCCAGCUACCAGCCCAAACCUAUGGAUGUAUUGUCCUCUUUGUACACCUACAUAACACCGCUCCCCAUCAAUGGUGGCAGCGUCAGUUCAUCUCAACCACAACAGAUGAUGGAGACCACAUAUCUGAACAGAAGGAAUGAUUCGAGUGCUCCAAUAUAUGCGUUUAAACAAAACUAUCCUCAGAGCUUACAGCCUUCGUUACCACACAGAAAUGUGCAAGGACAACAGUAUUCAUCGGGGUACGCUGCUGUAUCCCAGGAGGAGAAACCAGGGACUGUUGCCUGGAAACCUCCAGAAACACAAACUAAUGGAGUAGUGGGCUCAGCUGUCAAGAAAAGACGAAGGUCAUCACCAGAGCCCAUCAUUGUCAUCAAAGAUGAGCCAGAUGAUGACAACAGCUAUGUACAAGCCAACCAAAAAGCCAGCCUUCCUGACAGCACAGGUGACCAACACCAAAUCAGUGUCCAAGUUGAGGGGUACAAAGUCCCAACUCCACCUCAAAGCAUAGAUAACAACCCCCAAAGCCCUUCACAGCCUCCCAGUAGCCCACAGGACCAAAGUAAUACUAAUGUUCCAAAUCACAUCCGUUCAGUGGGAGGCGAACAGCAGGUAGACCAGCAUCAAGCUCGGCUGGAAGACCCUAAUGAAGUCUUGUGUGCUGUGUGUCACACUGGUGUAGAGCUGCUGUGCUGUAAUAAGUGUUCCAGAGUUUUUCACCUUACAUGCCACAUUCCAGCUCUCCUCAACUCUCCCAGUGGGGAUUGGCUUUGCUCUCUCUGCUGUGACCUGUUUGUGCCUGAGAUGGAGUAUGACUGUGAAAGCAAACCUGGAGCCAAAACAGUGAAGAAGGAGCCAGAUUCUGAAGGAGGAUUCCCCCCUGUGGACAAACGAAAGUGUGAGAGGCUGUUGCUGCACUUGUUUUGCAGUGACCUGAGUUCAUACUUGCGAGAGCCUGCAUCCCCCUCGGUAUGUGCUAGUAACAGUCUGACUAUGAAGGGGCCAACAAAUCUUUCCACUGUGAAAAAACGUUUGGAGGCUAAGCAGAUCAUGUGCUACCAAAGCACUGCAGAGUUUGUAUCAGACAUCAGACUCAUCUUUGGGAACUCUGCAGUCUUCAGUGAGGCUGACACUAAUGUCACCAUGGCAGGCAAAAAGCUGAAGGAGCUGUUUGAAGAGCACCUGAAGAUUAUCUAUCCUGCCCAGACCUUCCCAGAAAUCAAAAUGGAGAUGGUACCUACUGCCCCUCCUGACUCUCAGCUCUCAUGUCUUGAUAAUAUAUGCCAGCCUGUAAAACGCCAGCACACAUGCUCAGACUCCCAAGAUACAACAAGCUUUCCCAAAGGAGAGGGGAGAGUAGUACAAAAGCACAAUUUCCCUUAAUCAUUUUGGUAUUGGACAACACUGCCAGCUUUCAUUGCAAAUAUUUAUUAUACAAAUUCAGAUCACCAAAUGUUUUUUUAGAUGCUUAUUAUUAGAUUAUUUUGCAAGCAAAAAGCUAUGAUACAGGGCACCAAAUUAGAUUUGUAUUCAGUGGACUGCAGCUGUUGGAUAUACUCUCAAUCUGAAG